AUGUUUGAAGCGGUUAUAGCUGCACUACUAAAAGGUUAUGUUGCUCGUUACGUUGAUAUAAAUGCUGAUCAAUUAUCAGUUCAAUUACUGUAUGGUCGACCGAUUGUUGUGGAAAAUUUAACAUUCAAUAAAACAACACUCAAUAAUGAUAUUCGAAAAAAAUUAAAACUACCAAUCGAAAUCGAAUCUUUACAUGUGGGGAAAAUUCAAUGUUCAUUUUUAUGGAGUUCAUUAUUUUUUCGUUCAUCAUCACCAGCAUUAACAAUUCUAAUAGAACAUGUUCGUGCCAUAAUAAAACCAGUUAUUCUUGAUGAUAACGAAGAUCCACAAGAAGAGUUUACCGAAGAAAAUGAAAUAGUUAAAAAACGAAAUCAUCUAGAUUUAUCUGAACAACAAUUAGAAAAAGAAUUUGAAUAUCUCGGAGAAGUUAAAUCAUCAUCAUGGAGUAUAAGACGUCUAGUACUAUCAUUUUUAGAGAAACUUCAAGUACAAAUCAUUGAUCUGCAUAUUAGCUACGAAAGUUUUACAUCCGAUAAUAUUCCGUAUACAGUUGGAUUAUCAUUUGAUAAUAUUCAAAUAUCAAAUGAAUUAUCAAAUGAAAAUAUGAAUAGGAAAACAUUUCAAGUACAUAAUCUUGCACUUUAUAUUGAUUCAAAUACGAGUAGAAGCGAUGAUUCAUCAGCACAUUCCUAUAUUCUUUUACCAUCAAAUUCAAUAACAAUAUAUUUAACACAUAAUUAUAUACGUUCAGCAUUAAUUAAUCGACAACAACCACGUUAUGAACUUGAAUGGACAUUUAAUGAUUUAAGUUUAAAAUCGAGUGUUGAUCAAAUACGAAUUCUAUCGGAUGUUAUUCGUUUUAUUCACUAUUCGAAUACACAUAGAAAAUUUAUUAACGAUCCCAGUAGACCAACUAAGAAAAUAUCGAAAACUUCUGUUAAACUAUGGUGGCGUUAUAUAACUUUAGUUAUUAUACGAACACAAAAUUAUUUAAAAGUGCCUAUAUCAAAUGAUCAAACACAUACAACAACAAAUUUUUGGUUUAAUUCAGUUUUAUUAAAUAAACGCUUGAAACAAAUAGUAAUAUAUAAACGUUUAUAUCGGUUAUAUCUUGAUAAUAAAUAUUUAAAACGUUCAACAAUUAGUAAUUUUACUCCCGCCGAUCGUUUAAUUUUGAAUGAUAUUGAAAUGGAUUUUGAUCUUGAUUGUUUAACCAGAAUUCGUCGAGUUAUUUUUCGUACGCGUGCUAAUGAACAACUUUCAUUGGCUAAUAAUAAUAAACAACAGUCAACAAAUAUGGAAUCAGCAAGUUCAUGGUAUAUGAGUUAUGCGAACUGGAUUAGUUCAAAAACAGUGGAUUUAUGGAAAACAACAACACCCACAGAUGCCAAUCAAGCAACUGCAAUAUCGACAACACCGAUCAUAUCUUUAAAUGAGAAUGAUGAAAAAUUACAAGAACAAGUUAAUACAUUCAUAGCACAAUCAUUAGAAGAUCAAGAUUUAGCACAAAAUCGUCGAGAUGCUUUAUAUUUACGCUUGAAAUUCCUAGUCAAAUCAGUACAAAUAGAUUUAUUAUCUGACAGUGAUAUAAUGUUUCAUUUUUCAUUGGAUAACGUUUCAGUAUUAAUAGAAUUACGACCAAGACAUCAAUCGUUACUUUUCUAUUUACGAUUAGAUGAUUUAAAUAUAUGUGAUCGUUUUCGAACAGAUGCUUUUUCGAAUAUUGUUUGUCCAAAACAACGACCACACGAAGCAUCGCUUGGUUCACAACGUGCUCCCGUGAUUGAAGUUUCCUAUGAAACCAAUCCUCGAUCACAAAAACCAAAAGAAAAACGUCUUUCAUUUUCUCUUGCUGUUCGUAGUCGUGGCCUUUGUUUUGUUUGUUGUCCAAUAUCUUUUGAACGUUUACGUGAUUUUUUCGCCUCGGCGUUUAUUGAACCCUCUUCAACUCCAUUAUCAUCAUCAUCAUCAUCAAUUUUUCAACAUUGGACACACUUAAAAGAUCGUACAGCAAAACAAUUAAAGUCUGCAUUUGAACAAAUAUUUUCUCAAACACCAACGAAAAUGACGUCGUCAAAUGUAAAAAAUAUUAAACAAGGUCAACGGCGCCAUAAAAAGAAAUUCGAUAUUUAUCUUGAUAUUUGUGCACCACAAAUGAUUGUUCCUCAAUCAUCCGAUCGUGCACUCAUUAUGGAUUUUGGUUAUUUAACUUUUAUCAAUGAUGAAUAUAAAAAAUCUUCAUGUCCAUUAAAAAAUUGUAAUAUGCAUACCAAUGAUUCGCUUGCUCCAUUAUCAAUCAAUACUUUUUUUCAACAACGUCCUUAUUUUUUCAAUGAACAGAAUCCUUCGACACCAGUUGAAGAUGAUGAUGAAGAAUUUGUUACACCAGAUAGCUCGCCAACAGCAACUGAUAAUCCUCUUGAAUUAGAAACAACAAACUAUCCAAUUAAUAACGUUCAUCGAGAACAGAGUAUAUCGCCAACACAUGCCGAUGAAAAUCUUAUCUAUACACCAUUUUCAUUAUCACUAUGCGAUAUGCAAUUAGGUUAUUUAACAUAUUCAAAUAAUCAAUCGAAAAAUAAUUUAUCAUCGGUUAUUGAAAAAUUUGGUUUUUGCUUUUUAAUUCAAUAUCGUACAAUACAAACAUUUGAUUUUCUAUGGCCACUAAUAAAAGUAUCUGGCACAUUGCCAAAGAUCAUCAUACAUCUUGAUCCAUCUCGUAUUGAAACUCUAUGUGGCACAAUAAAUAAUUGGGGUUCAUUUAUUGAAAAUUUAACAUCAACCAUUGUCUCAAAUAAAUCCGAUAUAAAAAAUAAUCAAACCACAAUUGAUGAUUUGACUCCACGUUUAGCAUUGAGCUUUUCUAUUAAUGAAAUAAGUGUACAAUUAAGUGAUGAUUCACGUGCACUAUCUGAAGUUCGAAUACAAAAUAUUGAUUUAACAUUAAUAAAUCAUGUUAAUUCAAAUAUUUUAUCAUUUAGCGUUCACACAUUAAUGAUUGUUGAUGCAAUACAAAAUCAUGGAAAAGAUUAUGAAUUAUUAUUAACAAGUAAUCGUGCGUUAGACAUAAAUACGCAAACUGGUACAUUGUAUGAAUCACAUACAAUCUCAUCAGAUAUCGAGAAUGAAUAUUUAAUACGUAUUAAUAUUCAAUCAUUAAAUGAUGUCGCUAAAAAUGAGAACUGUUUAAAAGUUGAUAUACAUGUUAAUAAAUUACAUUUUGUUUUUAAUCCUGAAACAUUAUCAAUAUUAAUAAAUUUUAUUGUUAAUAUUAUUUAUUCAAUGAAAACAAUUCUACGACAAAAUUAUAGUGAAGAAAACAAAGUGGCAUCAAUUGUGAAGAAGAAUAAUAGAACUAAAUUUCAGAUAAAUAGUGAAUUUCAAGAAUUAAGUAUAUUAUGUACGAAUGUUUUGACGAAAAAAUUAUCGGACAAUAGAUUUAUUGGAAGUAAACUAGAGAAAAUCGCUGCAGCAACUAUUAAACAAGCAUCAUUGAAUAUUUUUAUUGAGCCAUCAACAAUGAUCGAAGCAGAAAUAUGUUCAUUGCAAAUAUUUAAUCUUCUACCUGAUUCAUUAUCAUUAACUUACACGGAAGAGUCAAGUGCGAUUGUCAAUCUUGGUAUCGAUGACAAAAGUAUCGAUCAUAAUGAAGCUUUGCCAAGUAAAGCAUUUCAUCUUUUAUAUAGGCAACAAAAAGAUGCCAAUAGUAAUAAUAAAAUUGAAGAUUUACUCAUUGAAAUGGCAUCAGUUUGUUAUACACAUUCACCCAAAAUUCUUUAUAAGAUUGAAAAAAUUUUUGAUUAUAUGGCUGAACAUUGCCAUUCGACUGCAGCAAUCGAAAUGGAAAAAAUGAAAAAAAAUGUAAUCAAACAAGGAUCUAUGUUACUUAAUCAAUAUGUGCUUUCAACAGAAUCUGUUCUGGAAACCGAAAAACCAGCACCUCAAUUAAAUUUAAAUAUCAUUCUUGCUACUCCAAUUCUUAUCUUUCGACCUCAAUCGAAACUAAACUUUACAAAUAAUCGGCUUGUUUUUCAUCUUGGCGAUAUACAUAUUGAAAAUUCAGAAAAUCAUGCAUCGAACUAUGAAAUUAAAAUCAAUGAUCUACAUUUCUUUUCUAUUGAUCUUGAACACGAAUUUCGUCAUAAUCAAGGAAUAAAUUUAUUGAAAAUGUAUAAAAAUCCUCAUUUAACACUACCUAUACUCGAUAACUUAUCAAUACAUCUUAAUCUCAAUUUAACUGAUACGUCAACAACAAUUGAUUCAAAAUUAGUUUCAUCAGUUCAGAUGUUUCUUGGUAAACAACAGAUAACACUAUUGCAAAAUAUAAUUAGUUCAUUAACGUAUAAUGAAAACGAUGAAAUGAAUGAAAUGGACGCAUCAAUUACAAAUCUAUCUGAUGAUGAUUCACUAUUAUUAUUCGAUGAAGGAGAAAAUGCAUUCCCAUUAAAUGAAAAAUCGUUGCAAACAAAAUUUAAAACAUUCGCAAUACAUUUUCAACUACCAGAAUUAACUAUUGUCUUUCUCGCUGAUCUAAAUUUAAAACCAACUAAAGUAUGUGAAGCUGUAUUUGGACAAUUUCAAAUGUCUAUUGAACAGCAACAUCGAUUUUGUAAAAAUAUUUCACUGCGUCUUAAUUCGCUUCAUAUUAAUGAUUAUUUAAUUAAAUCUGAUCAAUGUCUUUUUUCAACACGUUGUCGAAAAACUUCAACAUCAAUUAGCUUUUCAACUGGUCACAGAAUUUCAUCGUCAUUUCCUAGAGAAAACUAUCAAAUGCAUCAAAGUUUUUCUUCGAAUUCAGUACCAACAUAUAUGGUUACGAAUGAAAGUUCAACUUGGACAUUAAAGUCAUUAUCAUCAUCGUCAUCGGCAACUUCACUGACAGCAAAUCCAUUAGCGCCAUCAGCAUUUAUUGAUAUAAAUAUUACAGUGAUGGAUAAAAGACAUGAAUUAUUUGAUGGAUUUUGUAUUAAAGCUGAUGCGCAAUUUGGAGAAGUUGAUAUUAAAUUUAUUAUUUCAACAUGGGUUAUGUUAUUUGAUAUUAUUGGUUUGAUUGGAGGAGGAUCUGCGCCUGCAUUGGCAGACAAUCGAGAAAGUAAAGAAUUUAAACCAACAUCCGACACGGAUUUUAUGCAGAUAAAUAUUCAAGUCGACGCAGUAUCAUGUUUACUUCAAGAUAAUGAUAUACCUCCCAUACGCAUUUCUUUGCAACGUUUUGAUUGUCAAAUUCAAAAUUUUCUUACAAUCGAAAAAGCAUUGAAAACUCUUAAGAUUCAUGGUAAACUUGGAUCUGUAUCCAUCUAUGAUUUAUCCUCAUUUGGUCAAUUGUAUGCAGAACGUUUUUGUACAAGCGGUACCAAUGCUCUUGUAUUUGCAUAUACAAAACAAGAAGAUCUUAUUCCAAUAACCCCAUCAAAUUUUCCAUCGCGUUUACAACUUUAUUUACGUAUGACAUCUGUGCAAUAUAUUCAUACUCAACGUUUUCUAAUGGAUCUUAUACAUUUUUUUGAUCGUUUUCAUCAUGCUCAAGAAUGUUAUAAUCGAAUACGAUCAGCUGCUGCCGGUCAAAGUAUAUCUUGUUCAGCAGGGCGAUCAACUGGUGUUGAACUUGAUAUUGAAGCUGAAAGUCCUAUACUUAUUCUACCUGAAUAUGCUUUAAAUAAACGUGUUAUUAUUCUUCAUCUUGGUAAUAUAAUAAUAAAAAAUCGUUUUCUUGUUGAAAACGAACCGGGCACAUUAAGUUCAAUUAUGAAUAAACCAAAAGUUUCAACAUGUUUACUUGAUGUUAUAUCCAUACAAUUUCAAGAUACACUACUUUAUUCAGCUGUUUAUUCGAAAUCAGAUUCAAAUACACAAUUAACUGUAAAAUUCUCAGAUUUCGGUUUUCAUACAAUACAAAAUGAUCUGUCGUCGAUGUUACGCGAACGUUGUUAUUUAAAUAUUCAUGUUGAACGUAAUCUUGAUAAUUCACUAAGUCAUGCAUCACCAACAUAUAGUGUUAAAGCUGAUUUAUCUUCAGUAGAUAUACUUCUUGAUACAUAUCAAUAUUCUCUCAUACGUGGUAUACUUGCAUAUAAUAUAGGUGAACCGUUAGAACAACCAACACGAUUAGCUAUGAUGAACGAUGAUCCACUAUGUGUAUCAACAAUUUUAACGGGCGAUGUCUAUCUUGAUCUGUUAUUUAUUGUACAAAUGGAUAAUGUCGGCUUUGAAAUAUUUACACCGCAGGAAUCCAAGCGUAAUUCGCUAGGCUAUUGUGCAUUUAUAAAAUCGUAUUUUUCAUUUGAAAAAUGUUCAAAUAAUAAUCAAGUACUUGAUUUAACAUGUUCAUCAAUUAAAUUAAAUGACACAAGAACGGAAAAUAAUAACAGCAAUGAAUUUCGUGAUAUACUGACAUCAUCAUCAUCGAUGUCAACAAGUGAAAGUAAUAUGCAAUUAGAAAUACAUUUAUUAACAACAAAAACUGAUGAUAAAUAUACAAUUGUAUUAAAUCAUACAAGAGUAUUAUUCAUUGUUGAUUGGUUACUUAAAUUAAAUGAUUUUCUUAGUUCAUUUCAACAAAUUCCAAUGCAAUCAAAUUCAUCAACAUCAUCGACAUCGAUGAUAGUUCAAGCAAAAAAAAGAUUUGAAAUGCGUUUAAAUUUUAAUCAAUCCGAACUAGUUCUUGUUCAAACAACCAAUAAUCAACAGUCGAAUGCACUUGUUCUAAGUGGUAUUAUGACUUUAACCUACCGAGAAACAAUGCGUCAACGUCCAUUAGAGUGCAAUCUAUUUAAUGUGACUUUAUUUUCAUGCCAAAUGAAUAAUAUACAAUCUACAGCUGUAUCAAUUAUUGAACCGAUUAAUAUAACAUUUAAUAUACAUUUAACAGACGAAAAAGAUCAACACGUAUUUGAAGUUAAUUUACCACAAUUAUUUAUCCGUCUAUCAUAUUCCGAUGUUAAGCUAAUGUUAUAUAUGUUUCAAUCAAUAAAAAAUCAAAUCGAUCAAGCGCAAACACGUGAUAUUAUACCUAAAUAUCAAAUAAAUCAGCCAGUAAAACGUCCAUCAGUAGAUAGUGAAUUUUCAAUCGAACCUUCUUUCGACGAUUCAUAUACUGAUUUACGUAUUCGUUCAACUACAAUGCCAUUAAAUCAAGAAAAACCAAUGUCUACAGAAGAAAUCGAUAAUGAAAAACAAUCAAAAUUAUUUUUAAAUGUUCACUCAAUGAAAUUUUCAUGUGAACAAAUAAGUCUUUGUUUAAUUGAUGAUUGUCUUAAUGCAAAUAUUCCAUUAUUAAAUUUAAAUUUUGCAUCAAUUAAAUUAAAUAUAAUCGAAUAUGGAACACAUCGUAUACAACAAGCAGAUUGUCAAGUAAAUAUUGAUUAUUAUAAUCGUUUGUUAUCUGGUUAUGAGCCGUUUAUUGAAGUAUGGCCGUUACAAAUGACAUUAAAAAAUUCGACUACUACAAAAUCAUUGUCUAUUUCUUCGAAUCAUCUAUUAAAUAUAAAUUAUACAAAUACGAUGCAUCAACUAUUUGACUUAGUUAAAAAUAAUUGGCUUGAAGAUUUCAAUAGUUCAAAUGAUAUUAAUAAAGAAGCAAUGUAUUUUCGUCGACCAAAACCAUUUGAACCUUAUUGCUUUCAAAAUCUUAUUGGACAACGUGUUAAAUUUCGUACAUGGCUAUCUUCACAACAACGUUUUGAUUUAAAUGAUCAUAUGGUUGAAUAUAAUGAAACAAAAUCAUUUAUAUUUCCCAGUGAAGCAUUGACAGCAAAAAAGAAUAUGUAUAAUAAAGAUUUUCAAUCAUCAUCAUCAUCAUCAUCAUCAUCAUCAUCAUCAUCUUCAGAUCGACGUUUAUUAAUAUUAAUUGAAGGCUGGGACUGGUUGCAACCUAUAUCAAUUGAUCGUGUGGGAACAUUUUUUCGACUUGCUAAACCUACAGGUGAUCGAUUACAAAAAACUAUGCUGGUUUUUAUUGAUGUUACAAUGACAGAUAGUUCAAUGCGUUUAAUAACAAUUCGAUCACCGAUUGAAAUACGCAAUCAAUUGUUAACACCAAUUGAUAUUCGAUUAAAAUGUGGAUCUGGUUCAUUACAUGAUAUACGUUUAGAACCGAAUGAAACUCGUUCAUUGCCAUUACAAUUCUGCCCAACAUUAAGACAAUUUCAAGUACGACCAGCCGAUUUUACAUUUAAUUAUUGUGGUGAACCUAUUAAUUGGAUGGAAAUUGCAAAUGAAAAAAGACGAAGAAGGCAACAAGACCAUGAAAGUGAUGAGAAUAGUGCAGCAACGGAAACGGAUUCAUUACAACGUCAUCGUGAUAUAAAUUCAACAGAUCGUCGAUCGUUUUUCCGUACCUGUACAAUGGUUGGAGAUAAUACGCUUCAUUUUGUGUGUAUACAAUCAAAGCGAACCCGUCUAUUAGCAUAUAAAGAUGACAUUCUAUCAUCCUAUCAAAUAUCAAUACUGCCACCAUUAAUAAUUAAUAAUUUACUUCCAUGUGAUUUAUUUUUUCAAAUAUAUUCAUACCCACAAAAAGUUCGACUUAAUCCCUACAAAUCACAUCGUGAACAUGCAUUAGAUAUUUGUCAAGCGAUUGAUAUUACUUUUGCAACAGAUCUUUUUCGUAUGACGAAACCAUUACGUGUACCAUCGAUAAAUGAUUUAAAUCUUAUGAGAUAUCAUCGUCAAAGUGUAGGCUUUUAUGAUAGCAUUGAUCGAUUGUUAUUAGUUGAUGUUACUAUUGUCUGUUCGAUUCGGCAUCGUCUUAAAAUAUCAGUUUCUGUACCAUAUGUUUUACUUAAUAAGAGCGGCAUUCCAUUAAUUUUUAAACAAGAAGGUUCAGUAAAUGAAGUCGCUGGUCAAAGUCACGAACAUGAAUUAGCUCGAAAUCGUGAGCCACUGUUGUUUUCAUUUAGUGAUCAAGAAGCUUUUCAUGCGUGCGUUAUGAAAGUUGGUUCAGGUUUACAUGAAAAUGAUGACGGCCGUCCUGUAUGGUCACAGCGUUUUAGUUUAGAACAUGGUUCAAGUUAUCGUCAAUUAUAUGUUCGUUCUCCGCAUGGUUCACCGGAUUGGAUUUACUAUAUUGGCAUUGAUGUUCGUCAAGGCAAAGGACGUUUACGUCGAACUAAUUUCAUAUUUCUUAGUACACGGUAUAUGAUCAGUAAUCAAUGUUCAUAUGAUUUAUCCAUUGCUCAACGGCACAUUGUUCGAGCUAUGUUACAAACUGGAGAUCAUAGUGAUUUAGAACAAAAUUGUUUACAUGUAUUACAACAUUCUAAUGUUGCUUAUCAUUGGCCGAGAAGUGAUCUCGAUCAAUUGCUGUGUGUUCGCGUUAUUAAUAAUCGUCAAUAUAAACAUGUUUAUUGGUCCGGUGGUAUUCUUAUUAAUCGUGUUAAUGCAUUUCAUAUUAAUUUAAGAUAUGACAAUAAUCAAUGUUUAAUAUUAAGAGUACAAGUAAUUGAACGUGGCGGUACAUUUUUUGUUGUUUUUAUGGAUUCAAAUCAAAUGCCAGCACCUCUUCGUGUUAAAAAUCUAUCGGAUGUUCCUAUACAAUUUUAUCAAAGUGAUACACGUGAAGAAUUGACGUACUUACGUGCAUUUAUUCAACCACAUCAAUCAAUAGAUUAUGCAUGGGAUGAACCAACACUUCAGCAAACCAUAACAUGUUCUAUUGUUGGUGGUACAAAAGAAACUUAUGAUUUAAAAAAACUUGGUCACGGAGAAAAUUUAUGUUAUGAAAAUCAUAUAUGUUUAGCAUUUGAGCAAACUUUUACGGAAGGAAACACAGCACAAUAUCAAUCGAAACAUUUAUUACACAAGUCUAAAUCUAUGAAUGAUCGAAAUACAUUUCCUUUAUUCAAUCAACAACAACUUGUUAUUGAUUAUAUUGAAAAUAAAUUAGUACUUGCACAACGUGAAGAAAAUAAACGUUCACAAUUAUGGCGUAUGACAAGCAGUGGUCUAUUGGUGCAUACAGGUUCAUCGUCACCACGCGAUUGGAGUAAUAAAAAUGAAGUAUGUGAUGAUAUUCGAAGUUCAUAUGUCUUAGACAUUGAAGAGACUCCUACGGCAAAUUUAAAAAACGUUCAUUCAAUGACACGCUUUACACGUUUAACUGUUCGACGACAUGAUUAUAAACGAACGUUGACACAAACAUGGAGAUUUCAUGAUGAUGGUUAUCUAUGUAUGGGAGAAACACAAAUGUGUAUACAAGUAUUUGGUGAAUUAAAAGAAAAAAGUGAAGUCGUACUUGGACCACGUCAUUUCAAUGAACACGGUAUCAUGCUGUCGCCAUUACCCACAAUGAAUAUUCGACCACAUCGACGUUUACAAGGCUCAGGGCUCUUGUCUGUACGAACAUAUGCCGAUGGACCAACACGUAUACUUGAAAUAGCAAAUGUUAAAACAAAUAAUGCAUUAAAUACUCUUAAAUCAGAAGCAUUAGCCUUAGCAGCAGCAUCAAGUUCAAUAACUAAAAUAGAUAAUGUACCAUUGAUGAGUUAUAGUUUUGAUCUUCGUCUUGAAUGUGGCAUUGGUAUAUCAAUAAUUAGUUCUAUAGGUCAUGAAUCUGAAGAACUCGUUUUCAUGAUAUUCAAUGAUAUUAGUCUUGCCUAUAAGGACGACAAAAAUGAACAGUCCAUUGAAGCUACUAUUGGUACAAUAGUUAUUUCGAAUCAAUUAUUAAUGACAACAACACCGUGUCUAUUGUAUGCAACUUAUAGUGACGAAUCAUUUUUACAGUCGGCACUUCGUUUACAAGCAAGUCUACAAAAACCAAGUGCAAACUAUAAACAAUUGUAUAUAUUUCAUUAUCUAUUCAUUGGCUUAAAUGGAGUGACAAUUCAAAUUGAUGAAAUUCUUCUAUGGAAAUUAUUGGAGUUUUUUAAAAUUGACUUUACUGUAUCAUCAAAUAAAAAAGCAGGAAAAAAUGAUGAUCAAACAUAUGAUUUAGAUGAAGGUGAAUACGAUACUCAACGUCUGUUAUCAUUAUUAACGUCCACACAAGCAACAAGAAUUUAUUUUUAUGAAGUAUCAAUUAUAUCAAUUGAUCUUGAUUUAAGUGUUAAUUGUGCUACUUCACGUUCACUGCCAGCACAUUUAUCAACUAUAAAACGCCAUGCUCCAUUUCCACUGAUACGCUUCGAAAAUGCUCCUAUACAUUUAAAAUCAUACGAUCAAACGCAUGUAUUUAAUACAUAUGAUUUCUUUUUACUUGCACUUACAACACAUUAUGUCGAUGAACUUAAGCGACAAGCAUUUAAAAUUUUAGGUAGUGUUGAUUUUCUAGGUAAUCCAUUGGGAUUAUUCAACGACGUUACUGAUGGCUUGGCAAGUUUUGUUGAUCAUGGUAGUGUUAGUGGUUUAGUUAAAAGUGUUGCACAUGGUGUAGCUGAUUCAACAUCGAAAUUUACAGGUACACUUUCAUAUGGACUUGGAAAGCUUGCUUCAGAUGAAGAACAUGAUGAUAUGCGUGAGGCUAUUGCAAACAGUUAUCGUGGUUCAUCGAUAGGUCAUGUUAUUGGUGGAACAGUAGGUUUGGCAGCUGGAUUUAUUGGUGGCUUAACAUCAAUUAUUACACAGCCAUACAAAAGUGUUGUCGAAGAUGGUGUCGGUGGUUUAAUGAAGGGUGUUGCAAAAGGUAUUGUUGGAACAGUCAGUAAACCAGUGGUUGGCAUACUUGAUUUUGCAAAUGGUUUGGCAAUGGCAGUUAAAGAAGGUGCACGCUCAUCGAAUACAAUAACAAAAAGUCGUAUAAGAACAACGCGAUGCCCAACAAAUAUUUAUGGACUUCUUCAACCAUAUUCAGCAUUUGAUGCUAAUGGUCAAUGUUUAUUAUAUCAAAUGAAUAAAGGAGAUUUAACCGAACGGUAUAUUACACGAAUAACUGUUUCACAAAAACCUGCUAAUGCGGUAUCGAGAAGGAGAUUAGACAAUGUUAAUGAUGAUGAAUAUGCAGCUGAUCAACGAAAUUGUUUCAUGCAUGCAAUGAUUACAUCGCAACGUGUGAUCAUCUAUCGAACAGAAACUAAUCAAGAUGAAACUGAUUAUGAAAUAACUGAAGUUUACGACUUUAGUGCCGUAUCAAAUGUUGUUGUCAUAGACGAUGAUAGCCGUCGACCAUACGUAGAAUUCGUUCAUAGUCAAUCUAAACGUACGGAUAAAAUGAGACCAACGACAACAACGACAAUGAUGACAGCAGCAACAUCAACAACAGCUAAAAAUGGUGGAAAACAAUAUCAACAUUCUCUACUACGGUGUGACUUCCAUGAUCGAGCGAUCCGAUUAGCUCGUGAUAUUCAACGAGCAAGAGCAAUUUUUGAAGAAGAAAAAUUUACGUACAUUCCACCAGACGAUGAAGACGAUGAUGAUGACGAUGAUAUUCCAAAUGAACCACAGCUAAAUGAAACAGUACAGAUGACUUAA